CCGGCUCUGCUCCUCCAGCCCCGCCGCCCGCACCUGCCCGGCCCGGCCCCUCGGAGCAGGAGGAGGCGGCCCCCGCGGGCGGAUGGGGGCUGGCGGCGGCUGAGCAGGCGGCGGCGCCCCGCGCCCGAGCGCAACUUCCCGCGCGGCCCGGAGGCGGGAGCAGAGCGGGGGGAUGCGCCGCCCGCCCGCGCCCGCGCCCGCGCCCGCCCCCGCCCCGUGAGCGCCGCCGCCGCCGCCGCUGCAGGAUGCCUCCGGGCGCGGGCGGCGCGGGGGGCCGCUCGCUCAGCCCCGCCGCCCUGUCCCGUAGCCUGUCCCGGCUGCGCGAGUACCGCACCCGCUCCCGCAUCAUGCUCUCGCUCGGCGUCUCGCAGAUGGUGCUCGGCUGCCUCAUCGUGGCCGUCAGCUUCGCCGCCCUGGCGCUCACCACCUCGGCCCGCGUCCGCCACUCCUGCCCCUUCUGGGCCGGCUUCUCGGUGCUUCUGUCAGGACUGAUUGGUGUUGUCUCAUGGAAAAGACCCCUCUCGCUUGUGAUAACCUUUUUCAUGCUAUUAUCAGCAGUGUGUGUAAUGCUGAACUUGGCUGGUUCCAUUCUCUCUUGUCAGAAUGCUCAGCUGGUAAACUCCCUGGAAGGCUGUCAGUUGAUUAAAUUUGACAGUGAUGGUGUCUGUGUUUGCUGUGAAAUGCAGCAUCAAACAUCAGGCUGCAGCAACCUUGGAGAAACGCUGAAACUGAACCCACUGCAGGAGUGCAACGUUGUAAGGCUGACCCUAAAGGAUCUGUUGUUCAGUGUGUGUGCUCUCAAUAUCAUCUCCACCAUUGUCUGUGCCCUGGCAACAGCCAUGUGCUGCAUGCAGAUGGUUUCUUCUGAUGUUCUGCAAAUGUUUCUGCCACAGAGGUCGCUUUCCACCAACCCAGACUGCAUGACUCCACAUGGGACUAUCUUGCAUCACACCCUGGAUUUUGAUGAGUUCAUACCGCCAAUACCACCCCCACCCUACUACCCUCCUGAAUAUACCUGCACUCCCCUGAUAGAAGCACAGAGAAGUCUCCAUUUGGACUUUCCUCAUUCCCCCUUCAGUGCUUUAUAUGAAGUCAGCAUUAAUAGCCCAGGAAUGCUAUAUCCAACUGAGCUACCCCCUCCAUAUGAGGCAGUGAUUGGACAAACACCGGCUAGUCAGGUGACUGGGACAGAUCCACAAGUGUCCGAAUCCAGCCUGGGGGAGAGAAACACGACAGCAGGCUUCAGCACACAAGUUUCUGUUGACAGUGCCUCUCUGAUGGUCUCUGAGGUGGCUGAUAUCCCAGAUCAUAGCUACUCCUCAGAAGAUCUGUGCUCUCUGGAAGUUCAGGGAUCUCUCCGCUCUGCAGACUUUUCACCCUACAGCACAAGAUGCAAAGGAGCUACAAACAGGAGCUGCACCAGUUUGGAUCACAGUAUUCACAGGACUAACUCACAAUGUUCCCCUGAUGAGGAUGGCAGUUCCCGUAGCAGAGGCUCUAUGGACCGGCCUCAAGGCCAGGAUUAUGAGAACUGUGCUCAUGGCAAAUCCUCAGACUGUUCCUCAGAGAACUACAGCCCUUCAGAAAUGGAAUCCCAGAGCUCCAUUAGAGAAAACAAAGCCACGCCACCCUUGAAACAAAUGAAAAUGUGUUGUGGGGUCUUUAGUCAGCCUGCUGCUGUAUGCUCUCAGCCCUCUUCCUGUUCUGUGCCUGCACAUGCUUCAUGGCAGUCUGGCUGCCCCGAGAGAACUGCCCAACAGCAUCGCAUUAGGAAAUACAGAAUUUCAAAUAUAGUCCGGUCUACUAGUGAUCCUGUUUCUUGUUCAUCCAGCACAGAAGGUGAUAAUUGUGCCUGUGCUCCUACAUGGAGCCAGCAUCAGGAAGCAGGAUUAUCUCAGGCUGCAGUAGAGACAGUUCCUGUUUCUAGUUCUCAUAUGGCUGCCUCUGCUUGCCAGGACUCUACAAGCCGUUUCUUAUCAACUGGAAAAUUUAGCGAUCCAAGAAAAGCUGAUCUACAGUUAAAGCCAAAGGCCUUACAGACCAUCUCCAAAGAACGACCACACUCAUUAGUGGAUCUUAAGGCCUAUAAAGACACAAAAAUUUUAGUGGCUAAGUUUUUGGAACAUUCAAAUUGUAAUCUCCCCCCAGAAGUACGACACGUCGUGAACAGCAUUAGAUCUGUAAUUAAAUCAGAUGAAAGACACAUGGAAGAAGCCAUCUUCAGUGCCAACAUUAUAGACCAGGUCAUGACAAGUUCUCAGCAGAAUGUGAAUACCUCUAGAAAGCGACUUCAAGAAGAGCUUCACCUGCAGAGCUGUGGUGCUUUGAGUUCUCCAGUUGCCUUCUUACGUAGGUCUCAUAUCACUCGCAGUUUAGAGAGGGACAGGCCUCACACUUUAAUCGGAGUUUGCCGAGAGACUAUUCUUUGAUAACAGCUGACAGAUAUGUGAAGAAAGGCUCAUGCCAGCAAAAGAGAAAUUUGGGAAGGACACGAGGAAAUGCAAAUAGUGGGUGGCUUAAAAAGGAAAACUUCUUCUUUUUUGGAUUCCACUUUUUAUCGAACAGCAGAAGGACAUCCAUGUUUUUUCUGAAUGUAAAUGUAACCCCUGCAUUUUACACAAUUUAUUAUUAAACUUGUAAGAACUGGUUUCCCAAGCAGAAAAACGUUUAUUUGACUGUUCUGGUAGAGAUACUGCUGCUGCUAUGCAGUAUUUCUAGAAAACCACCACCAAACCACAAGAGACCUGUUGCACAACGUGCAAGUUGUAUUUAUUUAAUGUACCUCACAGUGUUUUAACUACGAUCAGUGUUUUAAUAAAAAGUAUUUCUGGA